AUGGUGACCGUUCAAGAAGCGAUCUCGCUCACCCAGGAGGAGCAGGAGCUGUUCACAUUGCUUCUGGAAUCUGUAAAGCAUGCCGGGACGGACACCACGCUGCGCUGCGCGGGCGGGUGGGUGCGGGACAAGCUGCUGGGGAAGGAGUCCAAGGACAUCGACGUGGCGCUGGACAACAUGCUGGGCAAGGACUUCGCAGACAAGGCGCGCAGGAUGGUCAACGACUACCUGCAGUCGCAAGGGCGCGAGACAAAGAAGGCGGCCGUCAUUCACAGCAACCCUGACCAGUCAAAGCACUUGGAAACCGCGCGCAUGCGGGUGAACGACCUCUGGAUUGACCUGGUCAACCUGCGCAGCGAGACGUACGCGGAGGGCAGCCGCAUACCCACCAUGGAGUUUGGGACGCCGCUGCAGGAUGCUGAGCGCAGAGACUUCACAAUCAACGCGCUCUUCUACAACCUGAACCAGGGCGCGGUGGAGGACCUCACGGGGCGCGGCCUCGCAGACCUUCGCGCCGGGCUGCUGCGCACGCCGCUGCCCGCGUCGGAGACGUUCUUAGACGACCCGCUGCGCGUGCUGCGCGCUGUGCGUUUCGCGACGCGUUUUGGCUUCGAUCUGCACCCAGAAAUUCUUCAGGCGGCCGCCAGCGACAAGGUGCGGACCGCGCUGGGCCAGAAAAUCAGCCGAGAGCGCAUAGGGACGGAGCUGGAGGGCAUGUUCAAUGGGACCGCGCCGUCGCUGGCAGUGCUGCUGCUCGAGCGGCUGCGGCUGUUCCCAGUGGUGUUUGCCGCGCCGCCGCAGAACACGCAGCAGCUGGGGGAGGGCUUCGGCGCACCCUGCGCGUCGGCUAUUGCGGCGGCAGAGGCGCUGCUCAAGGCAUCAGGCCUGGCUGAGGAGCUGCCCGUUGAGGAGCGCCGCCUGCUGCUGCUGGCCGGCUGCCUGUUCCCGCUUCGCCGCGCGACCAUCCCAAACCCUGCCAAGGGCGGCCGCGGCGCGCCGGUCCCUGUCAGCGCCUACAUGAUCCGCGAAUCAAUAAAGUGGCGUGUCAAGGAGGUUGAUGGGACGGCCCUGCUGCACGAGGUUGCGCCUGAUCUCGCUCAGAUCAGCCAGCAACUCAGGGCCGGUGCACCGAUUGGCGGCAACGGUGACGGCAGCGGCGGGGAAGCAGGAGCGGAGGGCGGCAGCGUCGACGAUCAGAAUGUGAGAGUGGCGCUGGGGCACGCGAUCCGGAAGCUCAAGCAACACUGGAAGCUUGGGGUGCUGUUGGCGCCGCUGGUUCACCACCCCUCGAGCGCACAGCCGCUUGGGGUCGAAGAUGUGGGGCAGACGCAAGGCGGUGGCAGCGGCGGUGGCAGCGGCGGCGGCGGCGCGUCGGCCGCACAGCUCGCCGAGGCGGCGGCAGCGGCGGCAGCGGGGCGGGACACAGAGGCGGUGGAGGCGGCGGCGUGGGCGGCAGGGCAGGUGGGGACAGUCAAUGAGCUGCUGGCUGCGGUGCACGCGUUUGGGCUGCAGGACUGCUGGCAAUGGAAGCCGCUGCUGGAUGGCAAGGAGGUCAUGUCUGUGUUGGGCAUGAAGAAGGCAGGGCCGCAGCUGGGCAAGGUUCUCGCCGCAGCAAUGGACUGGCAGCUCGCCAACCCCCAGGGCAGCAAGGCGGCCUGCAUCGAACACCUUAAGCAGCGGGCGCCAGAACUGCUGGUUUAG